CUGCCGGAGGAGCUCCUGGUGCGCGUGAUCUCGCUCACGUCACCGGUCGACGCGCCAACUGCGCAGCCGCCGUCUCCCGGGCCUUCCGCAUGGCCGCUGACACCGACACCGUCUGGUCCUGCUUCGUGCCACGCGAGCUUCCGCGGUUCGCCAAGAGGGAGAUCUCCCCGGCGCCGGCGUCCAAGAAGGCGCUCUUCAAGCGCCUCUCCUGCCUACCCGCCUUUCUCCCACGGAAGCUCAUGCACAUGAGGCUGGACAAGGCUACCGGCGUUAAGUGCUUCAUGCUUUCUGCCGAGAUACUGCAGAUCACCAAGCACCAAGGCUACGUAUGGGAUUGGACUCCUCUUGGUUUUGAUCGCAAUGCGUGCCACAUUGGCAAAAGAUUCCAACAUGUCGCGACGUUUAGAAAUUGUGGCAAGAUACACUGCAAGAUGCUCUCGCAAAAGGUGAUGUACGCCGCUUACAUGGUGUUCAAGCUAGGACCCACUUCGUUUUAUGGGAUAGACUAUCCAUUCCAGGAGGCGUCGAUUAGCGUUGGAGGACGUGGAUCAACCUCGAUAGUUUGCCUCCAAAGCUGCAUGGAGGAUGAAGGCGAUGGGGGUGAGUCACCUCGGAUACAUGUCUUGGAAUCACCAGACCGUGCACAUAGAGUAGUACGGUGUCCACGGGUAAUUACUCUUGGAGAGGAUAUUGUACUCCCUCGGAAAAGGGCCGACGACUGGAUGGAAGUGGAGCUGGGUGAGUUCUACAACGAGGAAGGCUACGAUGAGGAUGUAUCUGUCAGUUUAACGGAGACAACUGUGACCAAGAAGUAUGGUCUUAUUGUGAUGGGCGUGGAGUUUAGAAAUAAGUUACAAAAGCCAACGGGGUUGUAGGGGAUCAGUAAAAAAAUCUUGGAGCUAAGAAAAGAUAUCAUUUCUGUAGUUUUGGUAACAUUACUUAAUGAG